AUGCAGCUGCUCCGAGCUCCGUCUACGUCGCCGGCGUCGUUGAGCCGUUUGAGGCCAGUGGCGAUGCCUCCCCGGCCCCCCUCUGAAGAGACAGUCGAGGCUGCCUUGUCUGCGUACCAUGAGGAGUCCGAGAGGUUGCGCGAGCUCCCUGGAGAAGACGAAGACGACGACAUGGGCGACGAGGAGGUAGAAGAGCUCUUCGGUCGUGGAUCUGGAGGUGGAGCCGAUGAUCCGAUCGACGUUGAAGGUGGUGAUGGAGCAGAGGACCAAGGCGACGAACAAGAUGAGAACGCCGACGACCAGGUAUCACGUCCCUAUACCUCUGAUGUGUGGCUUGACUUCAAGAAGCUGUUCAAGAUGGGCCCCAAAGCUGGCCAGCUGGGAGCUUGA